AUGGCUGUUUUGCCUCCCGACAAACGACCUAUUCCGUGUGACUCUUCUCAACCACAGAAGAACCUCAGUCUCCAGUCAUCCAAAACCUCCAAGCGCCUCAAUCAAAUCGACCGAAUCCGCGCGAAUGGAGUUGGCGACCACAUCGCACUACCACAGUUGGUAGUUUGUGGGGACCAGUCCGCUGGGAACAGUUCUGUCCUUGAAGGCAUUAGCGGCAUACCAUUUCCUCGACAGGAUGGCCUGUGCACUCGAUUUGCAACAGAGAUCAUCCUUCGACACGAGCCCACGGAUAUCAGAACCACAGCUACUAUCAUACCUCACUCAUCGAGGAGUGAGGAAGACAAACGUCAUUUGAAUGCUUAUCGCCACGUUCUUCACAGCUUUGAGGAGCUGCCAAGCAUCAUCGAGCAGGCGGCGAAGCUCAUGGGGGUGCGUGGUGUUGAUACGCAGGCGGAGGGCACAGCGUUUGCAGCGGACGUUCUCAGGCUUGAGCUAGUUGGGAAUACAGGUCUCCACCUGACCAUUGUCGACCUUCCUGGGCUAAUCUCAGUCGCGGAGUGUGAAGAGGACGUGAGAGAUAUCAUACCGGCCACCAGCGACAUUGACACCCAGGGUAUCAUCCAGCGUGCACGACGUUUUGACGCGGAUGGUCUCCGAACCGUCGGAAUAAUUACCAAGCCAGAUCUCAUCAACGCUGGUACAGAGGCACGCAUCACUCGGCUUGCCAACAACUGCGACCGCACCAAACUCACUCUUGGAUUUUUUGUCCUGAAGAACCCCAGCCCGACGGAGCUCAAGGCGGGUAUGACCACGGAAGAGCGACGCAGAAUGGAACUGGCCUAUUUUUCCACUGAGCCUUGGAAGAAGCAGGGACUGGACCCUUCACGUGUUGGAGUUGACAAAUUGCGAUAUUUUUUGGAAGAAAUCUUGGAUAGACACAUCGAACGUGAGCUUCCCAAAGUUCGCGAAGAUAUACGUCGCCUUCUCCGGGAGAAAAAUGAAGAGCUUGAUGAACUUGGAGCGGAACGAGAUUCUCCAAACCAGAUACGCAUGUUCCUGACAAAGAUCGGCACCAAUUACUACAAUGUCAUCCAAGCCGGCGUUGAUGGAUUAUACGGAGGUCGUGACGCGAGCUUCUUCGAAAUACGAGACGGACAAUUCUCAGUUCGUCUCCGUGCUACUAUCCAUAUGGAGAACGAAAAGUUCUCUGACUAUAGCAGACACGAGAGAAAUUACCGUGAUACUCAAUCACCGCAGAUUUAUGAUCAAACGAGGGGCCAAGAGCUACCAGGCAACUACAACCAAGCUCUUCUUGCCGAGCUGUUUCAUGUGCAAUUAUUGCGAUGGGCCCAAAUUGCUCGAGAACAUAUCGUGGUGGUCGCGAAGAUUGUUUCUCGGUUCGUGAAUGCCGCAUUGACGUACGCUAUCAAAGAUGGGAAGGUUGCUCGGAAGACGUUCGUUGAUAAUGUCUGCCGUCAAGUCAUUGAACGACAUAUUCUUGCCAAGUUGGCCGAUGCGUUUAGUCCCAUGACGGUCAGCUUCUAUUCGGAGGAGGAGCUUAUCAACUUAGCGGUUGAGUCAACACAGAUUGGCCACCUACGUUCUGAGGCCCGCCGGCUUCAAGCCGCUCUAGAGCAAAGCCUCCGUGACCUAGCAGGAUAA